UAGUCUAUCUAUCUAUCUAUCUAUCUAGUCUAUGCUUUGAGUUGGUGCAGGGUGACCUUAAAUAUGCUACUUAUACCAUAAACACUCUAGUGUGUCUAAAUUAAAACAAAUUUUCAAGGAGAAGUGGGUCAAAAUUCUUCCGCAAGGAUAUAAAAGACCCGUUGCCAGUUACCGCAGCUGCCUGAUGGCAAUUCAGCCUUUUGUUGAACAACAGUUAUUAAGAUGAUGGGGAGUUACUUUCCUCUUUGGUCCAACAUUGUUUGAGAACUUUUUUUUGUCAAUAAAUGGGAUCAUCAACCCAAAACUAAAAAAAAAACACCUAACUGUAUUGUCCAAAAUAGAAUCAUAUUGGUCUAUGUUUUAAAUACUCAGUUACACAUUAUAAUUUUUAGCAACAACAAAAAAGAAAGCAAAACCUGUGUGAGGACUCAUUGCAAAAUAAUGUGUUAUCCGUAUGAAUUUAUCCGUUAAAAUUCAUAAAUGCAGUAAAUUUAAACUAUAAAUGUGGUACAAGAGCAGGUUCAAUGCGAUUUGCUCCGAAACUGAAGUAUUAAACACGUAGCUGCGUGUCCCUUUAAAUAAGGUACCUUUAAACAGUGUUAUUGAGCCCAACUACAUUUCCCAAAGUACUCCGCAAAAAUGUGGAAGUGCGUCAUAAUCAGGUCAACCAAUCAUAUGUUCCCACACGCGAGCGCGUACUUCGAAAUGGCGUUCCCUCGUCCAAUGACCUUUCGCCAUUUUACAAUUUAUAUGAUCUAGCCAACCGGUGCUGUCGUUCUUCACGGUGACCAAUCAGCGGGACGCUUUGUUGCGUAGAGACGUCUUCGUUCUCCGCUAAUCAAACUCAACGCAGUGUUUAAACCUAGUGCGCGGGCGGUCCUAGGACGCUUUAGAGGCGGGUCCAAACGAGGACGCAUGCUUCGAUUUGAAUUCAGGAAAGCUGCUAGUUACUUGUUUAGAUACUCGUCAGCCACAGUAACUCAACAUUAGCUGUAACGCUUUUCUAAACUUUAAUCCGCCUAAAAAAUAGUAUCGUCCAUGUUUUACGUGUGAGUAAUAUUAGCUUGUACAAAUCGCAACGUCUAAACAAGCUGCUUAGUUUUCGCAUCUACAUCCUGCUGAAGGAGAGAUCAGUCUACUUGCAAUGAAAGCGGACGUCAUCCACUGCCGUUGUUCAAAAUGCUACUCUGUUCCGGCUCGGAAGCGGGUCCGUAAGCGAUCGUCUACCCUAACUCUGCUGUCGCUGCCUGAGGAAAUUCUUCUCUAUGUGCUCCAGUGUCUGUCUGCGGAGGACCUCCUGUCUGUCAGAGCGGUUCAUUCACAGCUCCGGGACAUUGUUGACAGCCACAACAGUGUAUGGGCCCGGGUCAGUUUCAGAGACACGUGGCCGUCUCCUAAAAUUUUAUGGCUGUUUGAAAGGGCUGCUGAAAAGGGGAACUUUGAAGCUGCUGUGAAACUUGGCAUUGCCUAUUUGUACAAUGAAGGACCUUUGCUGAGCGACGAAGGGCGAGCGGAUGUAUGCGGUCGGAAAGCCUCCCACUUCUUCAGCUUGGCGGAGAGCCUGCUCUCUCCCAAAGCGGAUCCCUUCACUUGGGUUUUCAUCCGUCCUCCGUGGUCGCCCACCGGCAGCUGCUGCAAGGCCGUGGUGUUCGAUCACCUAAAGGCCGAGUGCGAAAGCAACAUGGAGAAGAAGGGCCUGCUGUUGCACUGUUUGGCCCGGGUUCUGCUCCUGUUCGAAGGGGAAGAAAGGCGAUCGGAGGCCGUAGCCAUGCUGGAGGAGUCGUCGCAGGCCGGCUGUCUGCAGAGCUCGUACCUGCUGUGGGAGCACAGCCGUAAAGCAGCUAUUUCGGACCCAGGGAGGUACCUUCAGUGUGUGAGAACCCUCAGGGACUAUGCUGGCAAAGGAUGCUGGGAAGCUCAGUUGUCUCUGGCUAAAGUGUGCAGCAGUGGCAAUCCGCUGGGUUUGGAGUCCAAGGCCUGUUCGGAGAUGGUGGCCCAGGUUUUCAGUCCCUCCAACUCGGUACAGCAACGCAGCGCUCAGGCUCUGCUCAGACGAGGCAUCAAGGACACUAUGAGGUACAUCCUGGUGGACUGGCUCGUGGAGGUGACCACCAUGAAGGACUUCUCCAGCCAGACGCUGCACGUGACGGUGGGUUGCGUGGACCGAUACCUGGCUCUGCGCUCCGUCCCAAAGGCCCGCCUCCAGCUGCUAGGCAUCGCCUGCAUGGUGGUUUGCACACGAUACAUAAGCAAAGAAAUCCUGACCAUCCGCGAGGCCGUUUGGCUGACGGACAACACCUACAAAUACGAAGACUUGGUGCGGAUGAUGGGGGAGGUUGUGUCUGUGCUGGGGGGAAAGAUAAGGAGCCCCACGCUGCUGGACUACGGGGACGUACUGCUGUUUCUGCUUCCCCUGGAGAGGCGGUCCACUCACCUGUUCAGCUACGUCUGCGAGCUGUCGCUGCUGUACUCGGCUCUCGCCACACUACCUCCCGCCAAGCUGGCCUGCGCCGCGCUGCUCCUCACCCGGGCGCUGCAUCACUAUGGUCCCGUCUGGCCCACUCUGUUGAAGGACUACACAGGAUUUACAGAGGAGGACCUCGUUCCCCUCUCUGUGCUGCUUUAUGUCAAAUGUUUCAGUCAAGAUGUGCCCAAAGACUACAGGCAUGUGUCCCUGACUGGAGUCAAGCAGCGCUUUGAAGACGAGGCCUAUCAGCAGAUCAGCAAAGAAAAUGUUAUGGAUUUUAAAGAGCUCUGUCAGAUCUUGGAGAUUCCUGAGGUGGAGCCUCAGAUGGAGCCUCCUAGUCCAACUAGCGGUCAACCAGCAGACAUCCACACCUUCCUGGCUUCUCCAUCCAGCACUGGCAAGAGGAGACGCGACGACGGCGCGCAGGCUCACCGGAGCGGCCUGGUGGCCACGCCCACGGCGGAGCUGUCCAAUCAGGAGGAGAUGCUGCUGGGGGACAUCCUGGACUGGAGUCUGGACUCUUCCUGCUCCGGUUACGAAGGGGACCGCGAGGAGGAGAGCGAGGCCGAGAAAGAUGGGGACUCUUCCAUGAUCUCCAUCAAGCUGCUCCCCGUGGCUGACAGAGACGACAGACCGGAGCACUGCCGAGCUCUGUCCAGCGACGACGACAGCUUCUGUGAAGCGGAGGGCGACGGGGGCCGGGGCCACGAAGCGCCCGCCUCGUCCGCAGACCCCCACAGCUCCGGGUACUCGUCCGUCCAGAGCGUCAGCCCCUCGUCCACGUGCUCCUCGUCCUCGCCCGUCACCCGCACGUUCCGCACCUUCACCGCCUCGCUCGGCGCCGCCUCUGCCAACGCCCAGCCGGGUUUCCGCCUCCUGGUGCCCAUGCAGAGGCCCCGCGGCACGUCCAGCAGACAGGUGAAGAGGAAGAACGUCGCCACCCACAGCGGAGGCGAGCUGGAAAGGGAGGAGGAGGAUUUGGAGGAGGGUUAUCCGGCGAGCGCGGGCUUCCUGAGCCUGUGAGUUGUCGCGCCUGCCUGCCGUUCGGGCCGCUCAGUUUCUAACCCUUCAGCACUUUUCAAGUCCUCCCUCUUCAGCUGCGCCGCGAGUCUGAGCUGUUCCCUCAACCGCUAGAAGAUCAAAGAGAGUUUAAAGAUUAGACGGGGAAUCUGAACCGCUUAGAAGCUUUCCUUUUUCUAUCUGUUAGAUGUUUACAGACACGGAGGAGUAGAAAUGCCUCUCAGGAACCACGGUCGGCUCCGAAAUCACUGGAAUUACGGCUCGGCUUCCCUCAGGAGCCCCGGCGUUCUGGCUGCCACGUCUUUUGCGCAACAACCUAUCUCAAGAUGCCGUUUGAAAAGAAAAGGAGGAAAAAAAACGAAAUGAUUUAUCGUUUUCAGGGGGAAGAAGUGUUUGUUUUUUUUAGUUUAAAAAAAAGCAUAGCUGUCAUGUUUAUGUGGUCGUUUUGGUUGCAUCACCUCUGUUAUGCACUGUCUGUACUGUAUUUGAUGAUUUAAAGGGGACUACUGUUACCCGUUUGUAAUAUCUGCAUCCGAAGCCUUAACAAAAAAGGUCGUUUUCUUCUUACAAUUCCUCAGUUUUGUUGUCUUGCAGCUUAUCCAAAGGUACUGUGUUGUAAUUUAUGUUCAAAUAACAGAGCUGUGAAAUCAGUCACUUUGUAGCCUUUAAAUGGCUUCAGCUCAGCUCCGCGCAAAGCUGUGUUGUUGAUGAAUCAUUUUGUUUACCAGUGGCACACUAAUCCCAUCUGGAGCCCCAUACAGAUGUUAUCUCACUCACUAACGGGCUGUGAUGAUGUAAAUCAAGUCGCUUGGUGGAGCUUUACAUUUUCAGAGCACAGAUGAAAUGCGAAAGGGAAGUUUCCUCCAAACUGAAUCAAGUUAAGCACUUUUCUCAUCACCUGUGUGCGUAGGAACGUACCAUCCUUUCCGGAUUGUCCUUUCAACAUUCAGUAUUGAAUAUUUUUUGACACACUAGAGGAAACCCAAAAGGGUUUUUGUGCCUCUUUCAGGAUACAGAAGACAUGACGUCUAAAUGACUGUGACUGACUGUAAAUACAUUUUUAAACUGUUACUCCAGGCUGGUUGUAUUUUUCUUUUAUAAAUGUCUGUUUUGUUUUAUUAUGUACAUAUUGUUAUAUGUAUAAAUGGGAAUAAGACAAAGACAAUGCCACUACUACUUGAAAUCAUAUUUGCCUUAUUUCCCAAAAAGUUGUUGUUCUACAGUUCUGUUUUCUGUCAGGUCUGUAUGUAUUUUUUGUACUAAGUUUGAAUAAAAAAAAAAUGUUUUUAGUCAACCUUUUUA